CAAGGGGCGUCGCUCCUUGCUCGACAACGCCCAUCUUCUUCCCAACCACCAUGACCUCUUUCCCCGAUUACUACAGGAUCCUGAACAUACAGAAGUCUGCUACAGCAGAUGAGAUAAGACAAGCGUACAAGAAGGAGUCUUUGAAGACUCACCCAGACCGCUUGGCGAAUGCAACGGACACGGAGAGGAGGCGUGCAACAGAGCGCUUCCAAGCAGUUGCAGACGCAUACUACGUGUUGUCCGACGCGUCACGCCGCAGGGAGUACGACGCGCUGUACUCGUCACGAUCAUUCGACGAGAAGACGGAGGACCCAUCCUCGUCGAACAACUUCUUCGCUCAGUUUUCGAAUAUGUUUGGCGGAGGCUCUGAGCGUGCGGCUCCACAGCCAGAGCGGCCAGACGCAGAGGGCACCUUUGCGGACGUGUUCGAGGAGCUUCUGCGUCCGGAGGUUCAGAAGAGAGUACCAUGGUGGACCUACGUAGGCACCGUCUGCGGGGGCGGUAUUGGCUUCAUCGUCGCCAACCUUCCUGGUAUGGGUCUCGGCGCCGUUGCGGGCAAUCGACUAGGCGCCAUUCGAGACGCCAAGGGCAAGAGCGUCGCCGCUGUAUUUGGUCAGCUCGGUGGUCAGCAGAAGGCUGAGAUUCUGCGUGCCCUUGCGAUGAAGGUUUUAGGCUCUCUAGGUUAGAUGUUGGUUGUUGGGACUCGCUGCAUUCAUCUUUCUUUCUUAUUUGCAAACCAUGUACGCAGUAGUUGUCGUUGAGUUUUACCUAUAGUCCAAGCGAAUGUACAAGCGCACUGAAUCAUGCACCAUUUCUGCCCAGC